GCGCAGAGCGAGUCCCGCCCGCCCGGCCAUGGGCUGCACUUGCAGCACGACCGGCCGCUGCCACGCCAGGAGCAAGAAACGACUAAGAGCUCAGCAGCCAAAGGGGCAGGUUUCCCAGGAGCUGACAGCCUUGAAGACAGAGAAUCAUGUCAUCACAGCUCCCUUGCACGAGGAUGUGGAGACGAAGAAGGCCCUGCUGCUGGAGGAGCAGAAGAGGGAGAUUGCGAGCCUCCUACAAGGACAUCAGGAGGAAACGGAGAGGCUGAAGGAAGCCCACCAGGCAGAGACCCAGAGACUGACCCAAGACAUUAAAAUCGAGGUGGAAAAGGAAAGCGAUUUAGAGCUUAGCAAGCAGCUCUCAGAGCAGUUCAACACACUGAACAGAGAGCAUGAAGAGAACCUCCGAGAAGUCCAGAGGGCCCAUGACCAGGAGAUGGUGCUCUUAAGGGAAUCCUACCAAAGGUCCCAGUCUUCCUUACAGGAGACAAUUGACAGGUUAAAUUCCCAGCUGAAAUCCUUCCAGGAGAAAAUGAAACGAGUGGAGGAAUCGAUCUUGAGCAGAGACUAUAAGAAACUUAUUCAGGAUUAUGGGAGCCCCAGCCAGUUCUGGGAGCAAGAAUUGGAGAGUCUGCAUUUUGUCAUAGAGAUGAAGAACGAACGCAUCCAUGACCUGGACAAGAAGCUGCUGAACUUGGAAACAAUGAUGGAGAGGAACCUGCUUUUGGAGGAGAAAGUGAAAACUCUUCAGCAGGAGAAUGAGGAUCUGCACGUUCAAACACAGAACCACUUGACAAUGACAAGGCAACUGUCUGACAAGCUCCUGGUGGUUCGGGAGGCCCUGGACAAGGAGUCCCAGCUGCGGGAGCAGGCGCACCGGGAGAAGGAAGAGCUGCUGUACAGGGUCCUGAAUGGUGACUCCUCCCCCACCUUCCCCAUCCCCUCCAGCGAGGUGCCGCUCAUCGCCACGUAGCGCUCCAGGAAGCGGCGAUGGAGGCUGCUGGGAUGAGGAUGCAAGCGAGGGGCACCAGAGACUGUUCCACCCCUCGUUUUAGCUUUUCCUUUAUUGCAGAGGUCUGGAGCGGCGUCAUGGGGACUCUGUCCAGUACUAGGGGAGCUCCUCAGACCUCCAACCUUGGGACGGCCUCCCUCUAAGGGGACCGUGUGGUACUUCUCAGAACCUUUUCAAUGUGCUUGUACCCUCCUGUGUGUCCCCCUGUCUGACUCUGAACACGAGGGAGCUUACGAGUCACCCCAGAACCUAGACACGUGCGGCGUGAGGUCUCCUGGCUUCACAUCUCAGUCAGUAGCAGUGGUUACAAGGGGAGCCAAAGGGUUCUCGGUGCAUUUGGGGUGGGGAAGAAGUGGCCUGUUUCCCGCACUGGUUUGCCCAGGUGAAUCUGAACCGGAGCCCUGCAUCUGAACAGCCUCCGCUUUUGAGGAAGUUUGGAUCAGGCUUCGGGGCUGAAGUUCACCACUCGGGUCCAUCUCUAACCAGAACCAAAAAGAAGGAUGCUCGUCUCAGAUGGAGCUGUUUAAAACAGCACCUAGCUGAGUCUCAGCCCCCUGCAGCUUUGUGGUGUACGCAGGCAGGCAGCGGGUCAGGCGACCCCUAGGUGUCUCUCUCUGGUCUUCUUCAAGAACAACCCCGCAAAGAAAGUUUGAGAGUCUCUGAGCUGGAACUGUGAGACCCAUGCUCAGGGCUGUCACUGGCAGAAGAUGGUGCCCUCUUCUGGCCAAGAAGCAACACCGGCUUCGGGAGAAGCAGCAAGCCUGCUGUUCCCAGCUGGAGAAACCAUUCUGAGCGCCUGUAGCAGGCACCUGAAGUGGUGCCCAGGGUGGCAAACAGGGAAUGUCGUCUGGGUCGUGUGAGGAUGGGGAAAGAUAACUCAGUGAGCGAGAGGUGGACAGAGCUUCUCUCUCCCUGGUGCACUCACUGCCCAGGUUUUCUGGGAGCAGAUAGUUCCAGCGCCAUAGGGGCUGCCGCAGGUGCCUGUCGCCUUCUAGCAGCUCCUCUUCGCAGUCCUCCAAGCUUCAGUCCAAAUCCCCCUUAGACUUUGCUGUCACUGCCUCCUGCUUCCUUCUGGCUCGGCACAGCUGUCCUAUUGCCCCAGGCUUCUUCCUGAGCCAGCACUUUCUAGUUCUGCACCUCCUCUCUGCCCUUAGCCCAAGAGAGGCCAGCCCUGAGUCUACCUCUCUUCUGGGUCUCCUCCUUGGCCUGCCUCUCUGCUCUGCUCCUUCCGUUGUAAAGGCCCAGCUCCAGUUACAUCUAACACCCCUCCAGCUGCCACCCCGUGGCCUAACAGGGCUCAGGCUGGGUUAAACAAGCUGGAGGUUUAUACCCCAUCACAGGGCCAGAUCUCCUCUUGCCCUAGGGCUCCUUUACACCACUCUGGCAGGGUAAAAGAAGG